AUGGCCAGUACCAAAGUCUUAGGGCCAAGCUCACGCAGUACCUCCCCACGAAACUCGACCUCCUCCUCGACAUCUUCACUGGGUUCCAAGGACUCAAAGGCGUCUACCACACGCAGCAGCGAUGGAGCCAGUAGCCCUACAGCAAAGUCUGGCCGGUCUGCUUCACCGGAGAAGCCCAAGUCCCCGAAGGAGAGCAAGGGCGACGCAAAGCAAAAGAAUCUAGCAGCAAUUAAGACCGGAAAAGGCAAGAGGGAUGGAAAGGACACUGAGGACUUCUUCGCGAUGAUUCCUUGUGGGACUCCUUAUGCAAAGCUUGCCAGCCUUAAAGACUGCGCCGGCGACCAAGAAGCCUUGACAGAAUUGCUCAUCCAAAAGCUCCAGUGUUGCUUUCCAGUGUGUGAUUUCAAAACGGACAAAGGGAUGUCCGAGAAGGAGGGCAAGCGAUACACCCUCCUUGAGAUCAUUGCAUAUUGGCCUGGUGAGAAGAACGAUGCGCAGAAGACGAAGAGCAACCCCAGGAUAGCUUCGGGCGCUGGCAGGAGCGAUGUGGAAGAUCCGCUUUCGGCUUCGGCCGGCACUGAGUCAGAGGGGCAAUUGUCUUGGAGGGGUGGCGGCACACUCAUUGGCAAUGUCGUGGAGCUAGUCAAGAGGAAUGCGUUUCGAAGCCUCAUGCACCGAGACCGGACGCCCAUGGACCUGCUGGACGGAGAUGAUGACGAGCCUCUCUUGGAGCCAACCUGGCCGCAUCUCGAGCUUGUGUACGAGCUGCUCUUGAAGGUGGUGCAAAGUAAAGAGAUUGACUUCCCGAGCGCCCAGGCGGGCGGCAUGGACAAGUCCUUCGUUACAAAGCUCAUUGACUUGAUCGAGUCCGACGACCCCCGGGAGCGAGAGGUUCUCAAAACACUCAUCACAAAGAUAUACAGCAAGCUGAGCAAUCUGCGCUCUUCGAUUCGACGUGCCAUCCAGGCCUUUUGCCAGCGGGCUGCAAACAAUGAGGAUGGAGAAUGUCCCCAAUGUGGCCUUUCAGAGUUGCUUGAGGUUUUCGGGGCCCGCAUUGUGGGAAGCUUUCAGACACCUUUGCGGAAGGAACACCGUGAUGUACUCACCGACGUUCUCUUGCCCCUUUACAAGCUGGACCACCUUUCCUUCUUCCAUUCCCAGCUCAAGGAUGUUGUGCGAGCAUUUUGCAAGAAGGACAGUGGUUUGUGCAAGUCCGUGGCUGUGGGUCUCCUUCGCUACUGGCCCCAGUGCGCCAGCUCCAAGCAGACAAUCUUCAUUGGGGAGCUCGAGGACAUGAUUCACCAAAUGCCCAGUGCUGAUUUCAAGUCCAUCGGCCCUUCCGUGGCCAAGCGCUUGUCGGCCUGCGUGGUUUGCCCACACUCAGAGGUUGCCGAAAAGGCACUCAACGUGUGGCGCCAUUCACCGACUGUUCGCUCCACUGUUGCCUCCUGCCGUGACGACAUGCCACUGAUUGUAAGCGCCCUGUACAGCAACGUGACCCAGGCGUGGGCUUCCAACGUGAUGAGCAAGACACUGGAGGUGCUGAAGAACUUCAUGGACGCCGACCGCGAGCUCUUUGAUAGCUGCUCUUCCAAGCAUCGGAAGCAAGCUGAUGAGGCGGAGAAGCGUGAAGCUGUCCGUGUGCAUCGCUGGCAUGUCUUGAGAGCCAUGCAUGACAAGCUGCAUGGGUCGGAUAGGGUGCCGGACUCCCCUAAAUCGGCGACAUCCAGGACUCCGACCGGGAGGCCCCAGCUAGACCUCAACGAGGAUGUGCCGCUAAAGCCAGAUGCGAGUUGUGCUUUUGCACUAUGUUGGGACUGGUCCUCGACGCCCUCCAUAGAGCAACUGGCGCUGCAGGCACUGUUGGUCAAUACCGAUGGGAAAAUCGUCGAUGCCGUCCACAGCCGCAACCUCACAGCGUUCCAGUCAGCUGUGCGGCUCACUGCUCGGGCGCCGGCGCACAACAUGUGCAACGCUUGUUGCGGCACCAUUUGGGUGUCUCUAGACUUGCUGCCCAUGGAUGUCGCCAUGGUUCUCUGUAUGGUGACAUCAGCCACGGGAGUUCCUUUGGCAAGCGUUGCCUCGCACAUGGUUUUGAAUGUGGACUUCAGUGGCAAUGUUUGCCUGGGCGAGAUAAGCACAGAUGUGCCCUCGGCAGCAAAGAUGGGCUGCUUGGGUGUCUUGCGGCGCCAGGAUUGGAGCAAUUGGACUCUCGUCCCAAAAGCCGAUUGGACGAAGCAGGCUUGGCACUUCAUGGACUUUCCGGACUUGCCUGGUAAGUUCAUCAAGGAGAUGCUUCCCAUGGUGUCCAAAAGGCACCGGGCACAAGCCUCCUUCGUCGCCAUGACAAAGGGCUCUGUUGCAGACUGCCCCGUGUUUCCCCCGGCUGGCGUCAACAAACGGGUCUUUGUCGGCCUCGGCUGGGACUGGUACUCAACAGAUGAGACCAGCAGCGUCAACGUUGCUUUGGUCUUGUUCAGCGCCGACGGCCAGCAUGUGGCCACGAUCUCGGCCGAAGACUGCAGUAUCAAGGGUGCAUUUCACACAGGUGACGGAGCCCUUUCUGCUGGAGUGUUUCUAGAAUUGGAUUCACUUCCGGAGGAGGUGGCUGUGGCGUUCCUGGUGGCCCACAUCCCGGAUUCUGAGAUCAACUUCGGCAUGGUUCAGCAACCCCACAGCACAGUCAUUGAUGCAACGGGGAAGGAGCUCUUGCGGUAUUUCAUGCCUGAGGACCGCAAGAAGGCGAGUAGAUACAAUGGACUGAUAGCUACGCGGCUCUUCUGGAACGAGUUCCAUGGCCGGUGGAGUGUGCAGGCUUUAGGCCACUACUGCACUGGCUUGUCUUGGGAUAAGUCGCAGACAGAGAUGGUGAGCUUGCUGGCGAUGCCACCAAGCAACUUGCAGACGCUCCUCCUUGAGGAUGAGGAUUCAGUGACCCGAGGUGACCACAGAUCGACUACCGCAGCGAGCUCUACCAGCCAGAGCGUGAUCAUGUCCCUCUGA